GACGUUUCUCGACUGGUCCAUCUCUCGGUUGGCCUUUUUUGCUAGGUUUGCAAAGAAACACAUCUUGGCCCGUGCCUACUGCGUUUUCUGUCCGGCAGCUGAACCGUACUUCACCGUGGUCGGCGACUUCGGGAUUGAUGGUUGAUCCUGGCCAGCGGCUGAAGGCAUACUGAGUGCGUAUCCCAAUUGAUUGCAUCGCUUUCGUCCUACCCUCAGAAUGGCGUUAAAUCCGCAGUACGAAGAGAUCGGCAAAGGAUUCGUCACCCAGUACUAUGCCUUAUUCGAUGACUCAACGCAACGACCGACCCUGGUAAACCUGUACAAUGCGGAACUUUCCUUCAUGACGUUCGAAGGGCAACAGAUCCAGGGCGCGGCAAAGAUUCUCGAAAAACUGCAGAGUCUCGCGUUUCAAAACAUCAACCGUGUGCUAACGGCGGUCGAUUCGCAACCGAUGUUUGACGGUGGUGUACUGAUAAACGUCCUAGGACGAUUGCAAUGUGACGAUGAUCCACCACACGCCUACUCCCAAACAUUUGUGUUGAAACCGAUCGGAACGUCGUUCUAUUGUGCACAUGAUAUUUUCCGCCUUAAUAUUCACAAUACCGCAUAAAACAAAAUCGGACAAAAAAACGUUAAACGUUAAAAUGGGAUUUAACUAAUUAAACUUGACGCAACUCUUUGCGUUCGCUCGCACGCACACCUACAGACACACUCACAUCCACUUUCCCUCCUUCCCUCUACACGCCGUGCGGGCGGAUUGUAAUUGUUUGAAAGCUAUAUUGUGCCCGGUUGCAUGUGACGAUGGAAUCAUCUCUCUCAGCCCAUGUUUGUUUUAAAUAAUAAACUAUGCUUUACUAACAGCCUAAAAAACACCGUGUGUUUGGCCGUGUAUAGAGAACUGAUGAUCGUAUAAAUGCAAUCUUAGGAAGAGGUAACAGAAAAGCUAAAUCAAAAGGAUGAUAUCCCCGUUCGGAUCGUUCAAAUGGAAACGCUUGACGCCAACAACCGUUUAAUGUUCCGCAGGUUCUGCUGCAAUGUUUAUAGUAUAUAUAUAUUUUUAUAUAUGUAUAUUUAACGCUAAACUAUUCCGUUUGCUGUGGUGUAAUGGGAUAAAUUAGUAGCGUCUGGUUAAAAACUAUUCGCUCUAUUGUUGCGAGUGCCAUCCGAGUGAGAGAGUAUCCGCCUGCUAAGCUCGAACCAGGACACCUCGCCGCACGGAUGCGUCCACAUGCCAUGGAGUUUCUAUCUUCCAGGUAACUAAAUAUCGACGACAAGAUGUUACCCACAAACUGUAUUUUGGAACCGCAAAACAAAACAAUUAAAUAUAGCCACAUUACAUGGACUGCAUCCGUUCGAUGCACUGCCGGGACACGAAACAAUUAAAUAGCCUUUUGCUUUCUUCCUUCCCGUUUUGUAUCUUACUAAAAAAUACAAUGUGUGCGUGUGUGGUUUCGGUUUUUAAUUUUCAUUGCUUAUACGCCUCUGGUAGAAUUGUAUUUUUAUAACGACACAAUGUUUCAUUUUGUUUGCUUUACUGUAUUAUACUUCUGAGCCUAGUUGACGGAGAGCUUUAUACGAACAUCACCUUCCAAGGUUAAAACACAAGCAUAAUUUUACGGCUAUUGUAACGUGUUAAAACCCAUGUAAAGUCGGUGAAAAAUAUGCACCGUUUACUCUACGUUUAAAACGUACGCUAGAGAACACAAACUGGAGCAGAACUCUAAUGGGUUGAUGAAGAUGACCGGUGCAGGCGAGCAAUUCAGUGUUAAUACAUUUAUAAAACAAUAAUUGAAAAAAGAAACGGCGCAUAUUUACUCUAGACAAUAUCCACUUAAUCGCUAAAGGUUUUGCGUUCCUCCAGGCGUUCUUGUUUUCUCUGUUGUAGUUCAUCGUCGAGCUUAUUUUAUAUCUGGCUUUAC